UAGGUACUCCAUCCCCGCAUCUCACUCCUAACUCUUCCCUACGCCGACAGGACCUGCCUGGAGUCAGCUCAGAGGCAAAGGCACCAUGCUGGGUUCAGGAUUUAAACCGGAACGACUCAGGGUCAAUCUCAGGCUCGUCAUCAACCGUCUAAAACUUCUGGAAAAAAAGAAAACUGAAAUGGCCAUGAAAUCCAGGAAGGAGAUUGCUGACUAUUUAUCGUGCCGAAAGGACGAACGAGCGCGAAUCCGCGUGGAGCACAUUAUCCGAGAAGACUACUUGGUGGAGGCUAUGGAGAUCCUGGAGCUGUACUGUGACCUCCUGUUGGCCCGCACCGGAUUAAUCCAGUCCACGAAGGAACUGGACCCCGGGCUGGCUGAAGCUGUAUCCACCCUGAUCUGGGCUGCCCCACGCCUGCAGACUGAAGUCUGUGAGCUCAAGACGGUGGCCAGCCAGCUAUGCCAUAAAUACAGCAAGGAAUACGGCAACCUCUGCCGGACAAACCAGAUAGGAACCGUCAGUGAAAGGCUCAUGCAUAAGCUAAGCGCGGAGGCACCCCCUAAAAUCCUGGUGGAGAGAUACCUGAUAGAGAUUGCAAAGAAUUACAACGUACAGUAUGAGCCGGAUGCUAGAGUUAUGAGCGAGGCGCCCACUGGAUCUGAAGUUGAUGGAAGCGACUUUAGAAGCAGCAAUAGAAGAGGUGGUCCGGGUAAUGGAGGAGCUGGUGGUGGCGAUUUCAGAGGCCCAGCGGUUUCUCCAUAUCCAACAGUGACACCAUAUCCUAAAGCUGAUGUUGGGAUCUACGAAGAGUGUACAUUUAUGCAUCCUCCUCCACCUCAAAAGGGAAAUGCGCCUCCAACCCUGCCUUUUAUUCCUCCAUCCUUUGACAUGGUAAGCCCUACAAUUCCAAACACAGAGGUGUAUUACAGGUCUGCCCUAAGGCCCCAUUUGCACUUGCAGCAUGCGUGA